GCAAAAGCCAAACUAAUGACGAGGGUCGAUUAGCGGGUCAUGCCAAGCCACACGAGUGUUCCAACUGUCAGAUCGUCGCCGUAUUUGUUUAUCCUAUCUUUUUGUUUUUCAUGGAGGACUCGAAUCAAUCACUCCAAGAAGAGGAAUGCUUGGCGCUAUCUUCCAUCUACGGCCGGGAUUUUCACCAAGACCCUCAUCUCCCGGACUCUGCUGAUAUCACCUUGCAUCUCGCGCCGGGGCCCGUUAUCCUACGAUGUCAUUUUCCGACGACCUAUCCUUCAGAUGAACCACCUUAUUAUGAGCUUGUAGCAGAGUGGCAUAACCGGGCAGGAGUUGCACAUGGGAUAUCAGAGUCAGUACGGAAAAAGGUGGACGAGAGGUUGCUGGAUCUAUUUGUUCCUGGGCAGGUUGUCGUGUUUGAAUGGAUUGCAAGUUUGCAGGAAAUAUUGGAAGAAGCGUACGGGAGGGAAGACGAACGUGAACCUGAUGAGCCACAAUCACCACCAGCAUCCAUACAAACCACUCCUCUAGUUCAUAAACCCCCUUCUCCAAUCUCAGAGCCCAGCGAAGACGGAGACACAACCUUCCCAAUGACGCUCCCACCAGACUGUCCUCCCAUAACUCACUCGGUGAAUCCCGUAAUCGAUCGGAAAAGCAUAUUUAUUGCUCAUGUAGCGCCCAUUGUGUCCCCAGCAGAUGCAGCAACAGUGGUGCAGGCGCUUUUGAGCAACAAACGCAUCAUGCGCGCGACACACAACAUUUCUGCAUACCGGAUUGUAGAGAACAAUGGUGUCGUACGACAGGACUGCGAUGAUGAUGGGGAGACGGCUGCCGGUGGCAGAUUAUUGCACAUGUUACAAUUGGCGGAUGUGCGAGGGGCGGUCGUUGUUGUGUCGAGGUGGUAUGGUGGGAUCCAGCUAGGGCCGGCGCGAUUUAAGCAUAUUAAUAAUGUUGCAAGGACGCUGUUGGAGCAUUGUGGGUUCAUCCAAUCUGGAAGUGACAUGCGUGGAAAAGGCAAGAGCGGGAAAAAACGAUGAAUCCAGCAUGUGCUGGUUGGAGUUCUCUAGCAUCUGUACAUAGACCAGGUCUCUUUGGAAGAUCGUAGUAUAAUAGUAUCCUAUUAUUCAACAUACCCUACAACUACAUUCCUUUCAAGUACAAU